AUGUCGCGGCAACUCAACAUGGAUACGCUGCAGCAGAACUUCUGGAAGGAGGAAUAUCUGAGGGAGAAGAUGUUUCGCUGUGAAUGGCACCGCAAGUACGGGUCGACGGUGAAGGCCAAGCAGAAGGCUAAGGCUGCAGCCCGCCUACCCCUCGCGCUGCCCACCCUGCACCCCAAAGCCCCACUCUCGCCCCCACCUGCCCCCAAAGCGGUGCCUUCCAAGACCCCCGGCCCUCCCCUGGAGACGCCCAUUCAGUCCGAAAUGUAUCCGGUACUGCCUGCCACCCGGGCCCUGCUGUACGAAGGCAUCUCCCACGACUUCCAGGGGCGCUACCGCUACCUCAACACCCGAAAACUGGACGUGCCAGAGAUGCGCUACCUCUUCCCCAUCACCACCAACUUCAUAUACGGCUGGCAGCUGGGCCCCCCGGUGAAGCAAGAACUGGUCUCCUGUAAGAUGUGCCGCAUCGAAUCAUUCUUCCGAAAGAAUGGGGCCUUCGCACUGCUUGACCCCCGGGACCUGGCUCUCUGA